AUGCUCUCACUACUCUCCCAAUCUCUACACUUCGUGAAGAACCUUGGGCGCACCCAAGGUCAUGGUGGAUUCUUGAACACUUUUGUCCGACAACGCCACCAGUUGGCUCCACGACAAGUCAAGCAUAUCAAACGGCAUAAAGGCCGGAUACCCAUACCUAUUGGAGGCUCGACCAAAGGCACGACACUCGCGUACGGAGAAUGGGGCAUCAGGAUCAAAGGAAACGGGGUCAGACUGAGCGCAAAACAGCUCACGACAGCCGAAGAAGUCAUCAAGAGGAAAAUUAAGAUCAUCAAGGGAGCCAAAGUGUACUUGCGAGUGUUUCCGGAUAUUCCGGUCUGCAUCAAGGGAAACGAGACUCGGAUGGGUAAAGGCAAAGGGACUUUCGAGUUCUGGGCUACUCGAGUACCAAAAGGACGCGUUAUCUUCGAAAUCGGCGGAUCCCCGAUCCGAGAGGAACUUGCUAGAGAUGCUUUGCGGCAGGCUGCGGAUAAAUUGCCAACAAAAAUGGAGUUCAUCAGUCGGGCAACCCCUCCUCGCUUGGGGAAUCUCGUUCUGCAUCCACCCAAGCCCUUAGUGCCUGAAUCUCUCGCAGGUGACAACCCGACCAUACCUGCCGCACCAAUACAGCCAACACUAUAA